CCGCUCACGGAGUACAGGAGCCUGUCCCAGGCGCAGCUGCCCCAGUUGUCCGCGCGCCUGCCCGCCGGCCCCCGGAGCCCAGCCAUGUCCUGCUACAUCUACCAGCUGCCCGCCUGGGUGCUGGACGACCUGUGCCGCAACAUGGAUACGCUCAGCGAGUGGGACUGGAUGCAGUUCGCCUCCUACGUGAUCACAGACCUGACGCAGCUGCGGAAGAUCAAGUCAAUGGAGCGGGUGCAGGGCGUGAGCAUCACGCGGGAGCUGCUGUGGUGGUGGGGCAUGCGGCAGGCCACCGUCCAGCAGCUGGUGGACCUCCUGUGCCGCCUGCAGCUCUACCGCGCCGCCCAGAUCGUUCUGAACUACCUCCCAGACGCUGCGAAGCCAAGAGGGCCACUGGCAGCUUCUGUAAGAAACACUGAAGAAGAACAGGAAAAGGGGCCGUCUGUGGGGCCAGUCUCCUUUCCAGGCCCAGGGCACGGCCAGACCCAUGGUCCCUCCUUUUCAGGGCCUGCUCCAGCCAGAGCCAACCUCCCGCCUCCUUCUGCAGAUGCCCCUCAUUCCUUAAAAACUGACUUUCCUGUUUCAUCCGAUUCAAAGGGCUUUAGUACCUCCAUUCCUAAGCAGGAAACACUUGUGAGCCGAGCUGAAGACAGCCUUUUCUGGAGCGAGGCAGAUGUGGUCCAGGCAACUGAUAACUUCAACCCAAACCACAAAAUCAGUGAGGGGACCUUUGCUGAUAUCUACAAAGGGCAAAGGCAUGGCACGCCAUUUGUCUUCAAGAAGCUCAGAGAGGUGGCCUACUCAGGUCCAGGAUCAGUCGAAAAAUUCUUCCAGGCAGAGGUACAAAUUUGUCGCAGAUGCUGCCACCCCAACGUCUUACCUUUGCUGGGCUUCUGCACUGGAAAUCAGCUUUGCAGCCUGAUCUACCCGUACAUGGCAAAUGGCUCUUUACAGGACAGACUCCAGGGUCAGGGAGGCACGGACGCCCUCCUCUGGCCCCAGCGCGCCAGCAUCUGCUCUGGGCUGCUUUGUGCUGUGGGGCAUCUGCACAGCUUGGAGAUCAUCCAUGGCAAUGUCAAGAGCUCCAAUGUUUUGCUAGACCAAACCUUCACCCCCAAGCUGGCUCAUCCAAUGGCUCACCUGUGUCCUGACAACAAAAGGUCAAGAUACACCAUGAUGAAGACUCAUCUUUUCCAGACCUCAGCUGCAUAUCUGCCGGAAGAUUUCAUCAGGGUGGGGCAGCUGACAAAACGAGUAGACAUCUUCAGCUGUGGAAUCGUGCUAGCUGAGGUCCUCACCGGCAUCCCUGCAAUGGAUAACAACCGAAGCCCCGUUUACCUGAAGGAUUUACUCCUCAGUGAAAUCCCAAGCAGCACCACCUCGCUGUGCUGCAGAAAGACGGACGUGGAAAAGGUGAUGGCUAUGGAGAUCUGCCAGAAGUACCUGGAGAAGAGAGCUGGGAGGCUGCCAGAGGACUGUGCUGAAGCCUUGGCCAUGGCUACCUGCCUUUGCCUGAGGAGGCGGAAUGCCAGCUUGGCUGAGGUGUGUGGCUAUGUGGCUGCUGUGGAUGAGCGGCUCAGAGGUCAAGAGACGCUGCUCCCUUGGAGUGGGCUUUCUGAGGGCACAGGCUCUUCCUCCAACACUCCAGAAGAAACAGAUGACGUGGACAAUUCCAGCCUUGAUGCCUCCUACUCCAUGAGGGUAGCACCCGGGGCUGGGGCUACCCCCUCACUCCCUUCAACAGAGGAUGGAGAAGGCAGGCAGCAGGUCUGUGGGGGAGCACAGGCAGACUCCUCAGUGGCCUGUGCCUGUCCGGAGCCUCCCCAGGAUGCUACAGAGACUUCAUGGAAAAUUGAGAUCAAUGAGGCCAAAAAGAAACUGAUGGAGAAUAUCGUGUUCUACAAAGAAGGGAAACUGGAUAGCAUUGAGCUUUUUGGCCCCUGAUGCCUAGAGCACGGCUUGUCCUCAAUUGGAAAGAUGAACACCAAAUCAAGAAAAAGAUCUGAGGCAGAAUCAUAAUCUUCCAGGAAACACCAAACAUCAGCUUUCCUGAUGGGAAAGAAGAGGGAGAGAAGCUUCCAUCUUGCCAGAGUUAGGAAAGAAGGAACCUCAGCUUUUCAAUACACAAAAAUCCAUGAAGUCAUCGUUCUUUCUGGGAUUUGUCAAUCAGAGCUGGGGAUCAGGGGACCGAAGCGGAAACACUGGUCCAUGGGCCCAGGAUGUGGGUGAUUAUGUGGUUUUGGGGUGUGUGUGGCAAUACUGUUACCCGGCUCAUGGCCCUCGAGAACUGAGGGAGGACUGUCAGUUGUACUUUCCAAAGUUACAUCUCUGUGUCAUAUUUGCCGACAACCACCUGCAAACUUCCAUGGCCUGAAAGAUUCUCAGCUGGAGUUUACAAAUGCCAGACACCUGGCAAAGGGCUCUCUGUAGGUUUUCCACGUUCUCCCUCAGAAAUCUUGUAACCACAGAUAUUUAUUUAAUGCCCACUCAGCACCUUUAUCCUCCCAUCCCACUAAUGCUAAUAUUUUUAGUGGAGCUUUUGUUUUGAGUGUAUGUAUUAUUUAUGGGUGAAUGAAGAAUCAAGAGAGCUAGUUUCAUGUUCAGUUCUGUUGCUAUUUAAAUCAAUUAUUUAAUUUCUGGAACCUUGGUUUCCUUGUAAAUAACACCGGUACAUUUUCCUUCCCUGGCUUUUUGGGAGGAACAGGUGAGACACGGGUACAGAAGUACUUUGAAAAUGCACUUGUCCUUUUUUAUAAAAUAAAUAAAAAGACAUUAAACAUAUAUUUCUGCCACGUACCUAAGGUUUAUGCAGUGGGUAUUUGUCUGAAAAGUCAUGUUGCAAAUCUUUUUGUGAAACAAAUGUUAUUUUCAAUUCAGUGUGUCCUAUUUUAAAUAAUCCUACUGUAGUGACUUUUUUUGUAAAAUAAAAAUACAUCUGUAA